AUGAGCUCUCCAUCAACAUCAUUCUCGUCUACGCUUCCGCGGCUUGCCGUGCGACGGCCAUCCGUGUCGAGCAGAUUAUCACAUGCCGUGUCUAGCGCAGAAAGGGGACAGGUGGAUCAUACCGAUACCGGUGAACAACCGGUCGAGGAGGAAAUAGCAGAGAUCAAGAGAUAUGAGGACUUCACCACGAUAGACUGGGUGCAAGACGCAGCGCGCGAGCAAGCCAGACGAAGAGCGAAGCGGCGACAGGUAGCCGGACUCUACGACCAUGGCCCUCCGGGGUUAAAGCAGCGGUUAUGGGUUACCUACGAUGCGAUACAGGGUUGGAUAGUAAUCACCCUGAUCGGUAUCGCCAUAGGCCUCAACGCAGCUUUCCUUAGUAUAGUAACGGAGUGGCUCGCCGACUUCAGGCUUGGCUACUGCAAAUCGGGUUUCUAUCUCAACGAGAGCUUUUGCUGUUGGGGGGAGAAUAGAGGAUGUGCCGACUGGCACAGAUGGAGCUUCGAACCCCUAAACUACAUUUUUUAUAUCCUGUUUUCUGGCGGUUUCGCAUUCACGGCCGCAACCCUUGUUAAGUCGUUCGCGCCGUAUGCCGCCGGAUCGGGGAUUUCCGAGAUCAAGGUUAUCAUUGCGGGCUUCGUCAUGAAAGGCUUCCUCGGAUUCUGGACACUCAUCAUCAAAUCAAUCACUCUGCCCCUAACCAUCGGCUCUGGUAUAUCGGUAGGAAAAGAAGGGCCCAGCGUUCACUACGCCGUGUGUACCGGCAGCGUCAUUUCCAGACUGUUCAACAAGUACAAGCGCAAUGCGUCCAGCUAUCGCGAGAUUCUCUGCGCCUGUGCUGCGGCUGGGGUGGCAGUCGCUUUCGGCAGCCCUAUCGGAGGUGUCAUAUUCUCCCUUGAAGAGAUGUCGGGCUAUUUCCCCCUCAAGACCAUAUGGCGAAGCUACUUUUGUGCCCUGGUGGCUACGGCGAUCCUAGCAGCAGUGAACCCCUUCAGAACCGGCCAACUUGUCAUGUUCCAAGUCACGUACGACAGGUCGUGGCAUUUCUUCGAAAUCUUUUUCUUCAUCAUCCUCGGCAUUUUCGGAGGUCUCUACGGCGCGUUCGUCAUCAAAUGGAACCUCCGCGCCCAGGCAUUUCGAAAGAAGUACUUGGUUAAGUACGCUAUUCUCGAGGUUUCUCUGUUGGCUAUGGGCACUGCUAUUCUUUGCUAUCCGAAUCCCUUCGUCCGGAUUGACAUGACCGAGAGCAUGGAAAUCCUCUUCUCUGAAUGUGAGGGAGAGGACUACCACGGCCUUUGUGAUCCGAACCAACGAUUCCUGAACGUUAUGUCGCUUGUCAUCGCGACUCUUCUUCGCAUCUUUUUGACCAUUGUAUCAUAUGGCGCCAGAAUUCCCUGUGGCAUUUUCGUACCAUCCAUGGCCAUCGGCGCGCUGUUUGGGAGGACCGUGGGAAUCAUCGUGGAGGGAAUGCAACAGGCAAACCCUUCAAGCGUUUUCUUCGCGGCCUGUAAGCCGGAUGAGCCAUGCAUCACGCCUGGUGCCUAUGCUCUUCUCGGCGCGGCUGCAGCCCUUGGCGGUAUCAUGCACAUCACUGUGUCCGUGGUGGUUAUCAUGUUUGAGCUGACAGGUGCCCUGACUUACAUUCUGCCCACCAUGAUUGUUGUGGGUGUUACCAAAGCCGUUUCCGAGCGCUUCGGUAAGGCAGGCAUUGCCGACCAAGCCAUCUGGGCUAGUGGCAUGCCGUACCUGGACAGCAAAGAGGAACACAACUUUGGCGUGCCCGUGUCUCGCGCCAUGACUGAGACGAUCGUCUCACUCCCCGCCACGGGCUUGACGCUCGGGGAUGUCGAGCAGAUUCUCGCCGAUGGCAGGUAUCAAGGGUUCCCCAUUGUGCAGGAUGACCACUCCAAGACUUUAGUAGGCUACAUUGGCCGCACCGAACUUCGAUACGCCAUCGACAAGGCCAAGAGAGAGCGCCGCCUCGAGCCGAGUGCGCGUUGCGUAUUCUCUACCACCUCACCGCGUUACGCGGUCGGUCCCACUACCCCAACGGUCAUGGUUAGCACCGACUCCACCACCUCGUCCACUUCCAUAUCCUUCGGUCGCUACGUCGACGCCACGCCCGUAACCGUACAUCCCCGCUUGCCCCUCGAGACCGUCAUGGAGCUUUUCCGCAAGAUCGGCCCGCGGGUCAUCCUCGUCGAGUACCACGGGAAACUCACCGGCCUUAUAACGGUCAAAGACUGUCUCAAGUAUCAGUUCAAGGCCGAGGCGGCGGAACACCCACGCGACGACCACGAGCUCCAGGAGAGCCACGAGCGGCUUUGGCAGCUCUUGCUAAAGGCUGCGGAAUGGGUGUCGGAUAAGGUGUCGGUUGCCUCUAGGGGAAGGAUCCGCUUGGGACAUUCGACUGAUGAUAGGGCGAGGGGUGGGCAGAUUAUGGAUGGCGAUGAGGAGCUGGUGGAUGACGAUGGUUUAGAAUUGGAUAGCCGGUCAUGA